GUGGUUCUCGGGGGAGCAUGGCUUUGUCUCUGAUACGGUCAUCAACUUUGAGGUUGUCCUGGCGUCGGGCGAGAUCGUUAAUGCCAACAAGGAAACCAACCCGGACCUCUUCAAGGCUCUCAAGGGCGGCAGUAACAACUUUGGCGUCGUCACCCAGAUAGACCUUGCUGCCUUUGCGCACAGCCAGCAAGUAUACGGCGGACUCGUCAUUGUCCCCGAGAGCAGCAGUGACAAUGUUCUGGCCGAGUUCCAGCGUUUUACCAACGACUCGACUGGAUUCGCUGCCAAUGCUGGCCUGACGGUCGAGUACUACCUUCCUGCCGAGGGCGAAGGCCAGAUACUUCUCUGGUUGAUCGACACGGAUGCCGAGGAUGACCACGCUACCCUCCAGACGUUCUUUGACAUGGAGCCAAAGAUUCUCAAUCAGGUAUAUCAGACAUCGAUCGCGGACUAUCCGAGCUCCAUCCCUCCCGUCACCCAGGUUCUGAUGGCGGACGUGACCUUUGAGAAUGACCUUGAUGUCAUCAAGGCUGCCUUUGACAUCACCAUGGAAGUUCGAAAGACUUUAUCUCACGUUCCGAACCUCGUCUGGGACUUUCAGUUUGAGCCCCUGCCCCGCCACUUCCUCGAAGCCAGUAAGGCUGCUGGCGGUAACGUCAUGGGCCUCGACGACGUUGAUAAGGACCUUCUUGUCCUCUUCUUGAUGCCUCUUUGGGAGGACUCCGAAUACGAUAGCGACGUCCGGGAUGCAGCUGAGCUGUGGUUCCACAGGAUCCAGGAGUACACCCAAUCUGUGGGCAAGGCACACCCCUUUGAGUUCGCCAACUACGCUGCCUCGUUCCAAGACCCGAUGAGUAGCUACGGUGUCGAGAACCUGCAGUUCCUCAAGGACGUCAGCCACAGGUACGACCCUGGGCAGCUCUUCCAGCGGGCUGUCAAGGGCUAUAAGCUGUAA